AUGAAAAGCCCCACAUUUGGAGAUCCAAUAAAAGAUAAUCCAAUCUCACUAAAAGUUUCCAAAAUUUUACUUAAUCCAAUAGAUGAUACGAAAACUAAAGUAGCAUUAGAAGCUUUAUCUGAAUUCUAUAAUCAUGAUGAUAAUAAAAAUUCUAUGAUCGCUCGUAGAAAUUUAAGAGGUAAGAUCGAACAAAAAUCUAUUGAAACUAAUAGAAAAUUUUUAGAAAUUUUUGGUAAAAUUACGGAGCAAUUAGCGGUUAUUGAAUCAGAAGUUAAAGAUAUGAAUACUUUUUGUGAUGAAAUUGGAAAAAGUUUGGAAUCCGCAAAGAAACAAACGGCAGUAUUAUUAGAACAAAGUGAUGGCUUAAAAUCUCAAAGGGAAACGUGUAAAAUAAGGAAAAAUUUAAUAGAUGCAUUCUUAAAAAGGUUUACUCUCUCCGAAAAAGAAAUUCAUGUGUUAACAUCACCUGAUUCGGAGGUAGGAAUUGAAUUCUUUGAUGCUUUGAAGCAUUUACAACAAAUUCAUGGAGAUUGUGAUGCACUUUUAAUUACUGAAAAUCAAAGAGCCGGUUUGGAAAUUAUGGAAAGGAUGAAUGCUUGUCAAGAAACGGCGUUUGACAAAUUGUAUAGAUGGACACAAACUGAAACUAGAACUUUAGGUAGGGGAUCGUUGGAAGUACCAAAUAUAAUGAGAAAAGCACUGAAAGCUUUAAAACAGCGGCCUGUUCUUUUUCAGUCUUGCUUAGAAGAACUCGUUCACAUUCGACGAAAUUCCGUUUCUAGAGCCUUCAUGGAUGCUUUAAUAAGAGGAGGUCCUGGAGGAACUCCUAAACCUAUUGAGCUACAUUCGCAUGAUCCAUUACGUUAUGUUGGUGAUAUGUUGGCAUGGAUUCACCAAACUGUUGCCGGUGAAAGGGAAUUUUUAGAAGGAUUAUUUGAACCCAAGCUAGGCUUAAAUGGUGAAAUUACUCAAGAAGAAAAUUUAGUGAGAGAGAGUGAUGAUAUUAUUAUACAAGACUUGUUGGAUCGGGACCUUGAUGGAACUUGUCGACCACUUAUGACUCGUGUAGAACAAGUUAUUGGAUCUCAAAUUGGUGCUAUAACAGGAUAUAGAAUUUUAAAUUUGAUUCAAUUUUAUAAAAUUACCAUUGCAAGAAUUUUGGGUCCCAAUGCAAAUUUAUCCAAUACGCUUGAAAUUAUUACAGAAACUGCAUCCAGAGUGUUUUAUAAUACUUUAAAUACAAAAGCCGAACAAUUAUUGAGAUUUAUUCAAACCCCAAGUCCUGAUUUGUCCCCACCACCUGCAGUUAAAGAAGUUUUAUUACAAUUGAAAGCUAUAAUGACAUCAUAUGAGACCUCUUUAGUUACAGCAUCAGAAAGGGAAGCAGAUUUUAAAACAGUUUUGGAUGCAAUAUUAGAUCCUUUAUUUCAAAUGUGUGAAUUAGGUGCAAAAGAUUUAACUAGAUUUAAUCAAGCAAUUUACAUGGUGAAUUGUCUUCAUUAUGUUCAGUCCGCCUUAACCUUGUAUGAUUUCACACACGGUCGUGUUAUGGACAUUGAGAGAAGAAUCGAAGAAAAUUUGGAAAUCUUGGUUGAUGAACAGUAUAUAAAUCUCUUAAGACAAUCUGGAUUAAAACCAAUUGUACAAGCAAUAGAAACAAAGGAUGAAAAUACGCCAUUAUCACUCGUGCAUUAUAUGGAUCCAAAAUCAUUAACAAAUAUAAUGGCAAGAUUAGAUUCAUUUUUAUCAUUGACAGAUAGUGAUACCUUUAAACUCAAAGGUCAUCCAAAACCAUUAGUUAAAAAAGUUAAUCAAAGAGUAAGUAAGAUGUUUAUUGAAGCUUAUAGAAAAGUUAGCGAUGCUAUUAGAGAUCCAAAAAAUCGAUAUGAAUUUCCUAAUACAAUCUUGGUAAGAACGGUUGAUGAAGUGGAGGCCAUUUUAAUGAUAGAUUAA